AGCAAAGCAGGAAGUGUUGAAGAAAAUAGGAAGCAAAGGGGAUACUGUGUAUCUGUUGAGCCUGCUUACCAAGAAAUACAAUAAAUUGAAGAAUGGGUUGGGCCGAAGAUCAAUUCCACAAAUACCUAAUGAAUAAUAUGAAAUCUUUAGAGGUGAUAAAUCUGACUGAGAUUUUACAGUAUCUACCUUGUCUCAGCACUCAAAACCAGGAAACUUUAAGGCGACGAAUAAUUUUGGAGGGUAAUGAAGCCACCAUGUGGGACUUCAUUAAUGACCUAAGAAAAAGAGAUGAUUGGGUGAAUCAGUUCCUGCAAGCGAUUCGAUUGAGAGACCUUGGUUCGCUUGCAGACAGACUACAAGAAGUCUAUAACAGUUUUCUGCUCCCAAGACAACCAGGCAAUCCUCGACCACUUCCUCCACCAGGAGUCCCCCAAGCAUCAAGCUUAUAUUAUUCAAGUCAGUCUAGUCCACAACAGCCCCAACAAAACCCAACAAAUAUACAACCUUUGCAACCUGUAUCCAUUCUGCCAAAUGCGUUGAAUUCAGAAAUGUUUCAGUCACCUGUUCCAGUUCAGUCACAACCUUUUUCUUCAUUGCCAUCUGAGGGGCUUCCUGGAGCUUCCAUACAACCAAACCAAGUUGACGUACAAUCUUUUUCUUCAUUACCAACUCUGGCGGCUCCAGAAACCCCUCUUUCAAAGCCGCUAAACAAGGUUCAGCCACAACUUUCUCCUUUGCUAUCUCAGGGUGUUCUUGACACGCUUUCAUCAAACAAUGUUCAGCCACAACCUUUAUCGUCCCCUCACAGGCUUCCUGAAUCCUUAUCUUUGGUGCAGCCAAACAAUCCAUUAGUCCAAGAAACAGGUCCAGCCUUAUUACCAUUAGAAAGUAAAUCCAAUCUGCCUCUCUCCAAAAUGGAAACAACCCCUGAACCUAGUAUUCAAUCAUUUUCACUUACAAAACGGGACAACAAAGUUUUACAAGCUAGUACAUCCAAUCAAGAAAAUGUUCCAGUUAAUGAGAUAUUUCCACUACAAGAUACAGACCAGAAGUCCAUCAAUAAUACUUUAAUCAAGGUGGCAGAGAAUCCCCAUAAAACCCUCCCUAAUUUCCAAAACACUCACCUGGAACACAGCAAAGACAGCUCCCAGCAAUCUGACACCCCCACCCCUCUUCCAGACCUCGGAGCAACCAACAUGCAGCCUCCCUUGAUUAAUCACCCUAAUCCCAACACCAUUGCAUCAUCAUCAUCAUCAUCAUCAUCAUCCCAGAUUACUCUACCUGCUCACAGCAGUCACACUGCUCAAUCAUCACCUGCCCAGAUGACAAAGUCGAAACAUAUAACGGCCAGCACUCAUCCAUCAUCCUCCCCAAUCAAAUUCACUGAGAGCAUUCAGGCCAAAGACCAAAUCACAUCUGCCUCACCCACUCAUACUAAACCAAUCAACCCAGUCACACGCACUAAUGCAUCAACCAGCACCUACUCACCAUCCACCCCAAUCACUCGAGCGGACCAUGGCACAGGGAGCAGUGCAAGACAUAAUACUGAAGUUCAGCAGGUUAAUCCUCUCGGAAGCCAAGCAGCUGCUAGUUCAUCCGUGUGUCCAAUGCAGGAAAAAAUCGAAGAUGAAGAUGAGAAUAUUUUGAGCAAGCCUGGUGUACUAUUAUCAAGUGCAGAGGCUAACAUACGUAUCGGUGGGGAUAUAAAUGGUUGUAGUGCAUUAUCAAGAAAUGAUGAAUUGAUGAUCAGUGAAAGUUUAAGUGAAAAUAACCAUGAUAAUCAAACUCGUCCACCUGUGCUUCCUGAGCAGAGACCUGGUACAAGGCUAGACCGUGUCAGAGACACAAAUGUUCCAACGCGAGGAGGCACAAGGAGCAGAGAUCAAACUUCACCAAAACAACAAGCCAGCAGCAACACUCCAAAGCGUGCAACUGAAUCUUCUCAAGGCUCUACAACAACAGAAUAUCAUGACAGUCCAGAGGAAAAUGAAUACUUGCUUAAUAAUUCACCAAGGCAUAACGAAUACUUCAGAGUACUGUCCUCAUCAGUACCAGCGCAGGAACCUGAAGAAAGCAGUUUCGAUGAAGAUACAGGAAGUUUCACUGUGAACGUUACAGGAGAAGCCAACAUUGAUCUUGGAGAAGGAAAUGAUCGACUGAAGUCUCAACAAUCUUCAAACAAUCUUCAACUAUCCUCAAACAAGCAGCACAUUGGGAAGGAUGAGAAAGAGAGCAAACACUAUGAAACCCAAACAGAUAACAAUUAUACAAAACAUCUUUUAAUUUUAAGUAUUUUUGUUGCUGCUAUCGGCAUAUGGGUAUGGAAAAAGAAAAACUAAAUGUCAUAAAAGUAAAUAUGUAUGUGUAUAUGUAU